AUGCCGCAAAAAGCGUCGAAAACGGAAAAGCGAAGUUUAGAUAAGACACCAAAGGUGGAGAAAAUGACACCGGAGAAACCAUCGACUAGCGGGGCUUCGAUAGACGAGGACAUUGGCGACGAUGAUGAGUGGGAGGAGGUGACAAUGGCGGUUACGGUAAAUGGAAUUUUGGAUGCUGAAACGGCUCGUGUUGCGAUUCGCGACAAACAGGCGGUUUUGAGAUUCGCCGAAACCGACAGCCCAAUUUUGCAGUUGAACAAUGCGGUAUAUACGGCAUCUUGGUGUGAGGCUGUCGGCACCAAUCUGAUUCUUCAGCUGAAAAGCGGUGCGAAUGAGAAAUUCGAGGUCCUCUCGUGCACUUCGACGAUGCUUCAAGCGGAAAAAGCGCUUCUCACGUCGACGGAGACCGCCGGAGCAGACGAGACGGAUAGUGCGGCUCUCGGAAACGUUGUCGGCCAAUAG